GUUGUAUCAGACGACGGCAGUCGGUGUCAGACAACUUUUUUAUUUAUAUAAAAAUACCUUACCACUUUUCUACUCACCGCUCCACUUUGUGAACUUAACAGGCUUUCAUAGCUUUUCUACACACAGACACAGACAGUGUAAGCAGACGAUUCCGAACGCGAUAAAACGGCGAUAGGCGAAACAAGUUCAGUCGGCUCAAACGUAAAGAUAAGUUAAUUGAGGAUUCUUUUGACCUAUGAGCGUACGAUGUCAACAACACCUCCUGAAGGGUACACGUUUCUCAUGAAAGCCUGCAACCCUUCCUAACAUCCCCUCUUUUUCUACAACCCACGAGAACAACAAGACGCCCUCCUCCCCCCACCACACCAUCUCAUCAGUCGUCACUACCACCUUUCCGUCCUUCUCUUUCUCUUCUUAGUUGGAGAUGAUGAACACUGCUUUACCGGAGAUGUUACAUUGUCUACAGACACCGGAAAAUCUCGCCGGAAACGGUGCGGACCUGACUGUUUUGGAAAGACAACGUGCACAGCUGAAAUGGCUGCAGCAGCAACAACAACAAUAUCAACAAAUAUAUUUUAGCGAAAGCCAAUUCAAUGUAUUUUUACCUCCGACAACAGACGCACUGCAGCUUCAGGAUUUGAUCAACAAUGAUACGACACUUCAGAAGCUUGUGAACCGGUCGAUGAAGGCCGACUCGGGUUUGGCAAAUGAGUGGCCGGAUUUCGGUAAAUACUCCACAACCAGUACUGGGUUUGCUGGCCAGGCUACGAGCUUUGCGUCGAACGGGUUAGAACCUAAUUCUUUAGCGAUGGGCCACUGCCUUUCGAGGACUUCUAGCUGUCCACCGGCGAUGACCCUGCCAGAUGGAGAAGGGAGAGACUCGGUCUUCAUCGCCUCCGUGGUUGAGAGAGAGCGCAUGAAAAAGAGAAAAGCGGAUGAGGCGCAGAACCCAAUGGUUACUGUAUCUGAGGACAUAAGAGAUAAGCGGGUCAAAGUAGAUGCAGAAGAGAUGGAAUCCAAGAUUACAGAACAAAACACCUCCGCCACCAUCUCCGACACACCCCCUACGACCACCACCCACAAUAGUAACAAGAACGACAACGCCAACAACAACAAUAAUAGAGAAGCUUCGUCUGACACUUCAAAAGAGAAUCCAAAGGCUCCUCAGGUUCCAAAACCAGAUUACAUUCACGUCCGAGCGCGUCGUGGCCAGGCUACUGAUAGCCACAGCUUGGCAGAAAGGGUGAGAAGGGAAAAAAUCAGUGAUAGGAUGAAAUACUUGCAAAAUUUAGUUCCGGGGUGCAAUAAGAUUACAGGCAAGGCUGGAAUGCUGGACGAAAUCAUCAACUAUGUCCAAUCUCUCCAGAGACAAGUAGAAUUUUUGUCCAUGAAACUCGCUGCCGUGAACCCGAGGAUCGAUUUCAGCGUGGACAACCUCUUCAGGAAAGAGAGUGCACAGACUUUUCCUGCACCUGAUUGCACUGGUAAUUUUUCGACGGCCGGAUUGUCAUCGGAAAUGGCCAAUCCAGCGUACCUUCAGUUUAAUCCAGUCCACCAAGUAGUCUCGUUGGAUAAUCCCCAGGAGAUGGCACUUCGUAGGACCUUCAGUGCUCCAAUGGCGGUUCCCGCCGACACAUUCAACGAAACGGCCUCCUUCACUCAAGUCCCACACUCUUGUUCAACUUGGGAGAACGAUUUACAAGGUCUAUACAAUAUGGGGUUUCAUCAGCAAGGAAGAUCAUCAGCUGGGUUUCCGCCUCAUGCAUUUCCAGUUGAUCAACAAACAAAUUAAGAUGGAGAAAGCGGAGGCAAGGAGGGUUAUGGGUUAAAGGAUAGGCCAUAAAAGGAAGCCCCACAAAAGAAAAUGCCUCAACUCCACAACAAACAAGCUACAAAAGUUCCCUCAUGUCAUAAUCUUUGCAAAAUACCAAACAAUCUUUCGAGGUUACAGUACAGAUAUCUACAUCUUCUUUUUCUUUUCGUUUCUUCUUCUUCUUAACAAUAUCACUUCACCUCAGCCAUCUCAUCUCAUCUUUCAAAAGGAAAGUAAGUAGAUGAAUAAUUAAUUAAGAAUAAGAAGAAAAAUAUCAUGUUAAUCCUCUUACCAACGUAACUGUUAUGUCAAUCUAAAGUCAAUGGUUGAGAGGAAUCGUCGAAUAUUGAGUUCGUUUUACACUUUAUCCCUGCAUCAAAAAAAGUUGUUGUAUACUUUGUCCAUCAAAGAUUUUAUUUGUAUGGACGUGUAUGUAGUGGGCCCUCUGCAAGAUCAAUGAUCAACGCGAUCAUCAAUAAUUCUAUGGAUGCUAUAAUAUUCUUCCAUACACUUGAUACCCAUCAUGCAGCAGCUAGCCCUGCAAUGGACAAAGGAAGAUAGCCAGUAUUAUUCCCUAGCUGGUAAUUGUAGCGCUGUGGACCAGACCAGACUACCAAGGCCCAAGGGCAAGGCUGAUGAAUUUGUCUAGUCCUGGCCGGGUGGUCUACCACACUACAGUACUGCUUCUAAUUACCUAGUUUUCUAUCUAGGACAAUGGAUUCGGACCAGAUUAGUCUAGGGAUGAAAAUUGCUUAUAUAGAUGAAUUUGCUAGAUUCAUCUAAAAAUAUCUGUACGUUUACUUUACUAUU